AUGACUCGGGCAUCAACUCUUGAUUUUUGGCGGAAGACACAGGAUCAGAACAACUGGACUGGGCCAUUGCACCCAGUAAAUGUCAUCAGAAAUAAAUUCCCUACCUACAAGAAUGGUACGAAUGGGAUAGUCAUCAAAUUUGCUGAUGAGCCAGAAACGCCAUCAUUUAAGGAGUCUGUUGACAAAGAGACAGCAGAUCUGCUUGAUCAGCGUCAGCGUAUUACAGUCCGCGAGCUCGCAAUGAAAUUUGAUAAGGGCCUCCGUAAUGCCACAUUAUUAUCUAACGAGGUUAAGUGUAAACAAGUGGCUUUAUUGGAGCGAGACAUCCUUCAGAAGAAUCUAAAGAGUGUAUUGGAGUCACUGAGAGGUCAAGUAGCUGGCAACUAUAAUGAUGAAAUUGAGGAAUCAGUAUCUAUGGUGGAUAUUUUACCAGUUCAGCUGUCCAAAAGAGAAAAUGAGCUGCUUCAGCAGAAAACUGAUGUCACGAGAAUAGCGACUUCACUGAAACUGGAUGCUGAAGAUGCUAAGAAAAUUGUUGACGAAGAACGAACUAAUGCACGCAUGGAGAUUGAAAAUGCUAGAGCUGUUGUACAAAGAGUUCAAAAAGUACUUAAAGAGAAAGAGAACAGUUCACAAAGAAUUGGCAAGCAGUUUUCAUAG